AUGAAUUCUAUACUGACGAAUAUCCUGGCAGGCACUUCCGAGCCAUCCAUUAAUCUUUUCAUGGACGCCAGCGAUUCGGGGCUAUGCGUACUCUUCCCAGCAGCGAAAGAAUACAUUCGUGUCCAAUUCGACAAAGUCGAACGAUCCGCGAUAGCAAAAGCUCCUGAACCCCAAGGCUCCUCAUUCAGCAUCAACGUACGGGAAGCACUGAGCGCCGUUUUUGCGGCAAUAACGUGGGGCCCGGAUUGGAGUCACAUUGCAGACGAGCAGGAGCAACCAUUGCACAUUCGCUGCUGGAUUGAUAACUCCUCCGCCGUAGCGUGGAUCGACCGCCACUUCAGCAACAAUACUUUGGGUCAAGAAUUGAUGCGUGUCCUGUCAUGCAAAAUCCCGUGCAAGUUCAGGAAAAUCUACACAGGCGGAUUAGCGAACACCAGUGGCGAUCUCUGGCAGACACAUCACGAAAUGUAUACCUGGGGACAUGGCGCCACUGGUGUGCCUUCUGCGCUCGAGCAGGAAAGUCGCCAUGACUCAACUCGCAUGACGCAUACGAGGCAAACAAAUGCGGACUCGACACCUCGCCGGUUUGAAACAAUUCGGGCUAAAAUCCGCCAUAUCGGAUGGUGUCAUCAACUCGGAGUCGGAUUCAUCCCCAGACUGCUCCCACAACACGAACUCGUGCUUCAAGGAAUGCGCAGGCUCAGUCCUCCACGACAAGAACGAAGCCCAGUAUCGCAAGAAAUGCUCAAACACAUCUUCGGGCUACCUCUCCAGCGCCCAGCACCGCGUCAUUUGUGGGCUGCGGUGCUGGGCUUCUUCUUUUGUCUCCGAGGUGCAGAGUACCUGAGCGUCAGCUCCAAACGGCAUCGAUAUUGCCUUCAAGUAUCGGAUGUAUCGGUGAAAGACGCAAACAGCAACAGCACAUCUGAAUAUGCAAGCGCAAGUGCUGUAUCAAUAACUUUGCGCGGUAGGAAGACCGAUCAAAACGGACGCACCACCACAAGAACCCUCGAUAAGAGCGAACAUCCACCAGUAUGUCCAGUGUUUGCGGCCCUUCUACUACUUCGAAAUGCGAGCGCAAUCAACAUGUCUGGCGAUGAACCCAUAUGCUCAAGCAGCCCAGGGCGAGUGCUGUCAGCAGAACCCAUGUCUAACGUCCUGCGAUCGGCAGCGAAGGCGUGCGACGUGAAUCCCAGCAAUAUCUCAACACACUUUCAACGAGUAGGAGGCGCUACGGCUCUGCAUGCAGCUGGUGUCGACGCAGAUACAAUACGAAUGCAUGGGCGGUGGUCGUCGGACGCUUACCAGAUCUACAUACGUCAACGCGACGCUGCAUCAUUACAGCUUGCUCGGCGAAUGUCAUCGUUCAAAUCCAAACCCAACUCCAACUUUGUCCACACUGAUCCAAAUGGGGAAACGCGAGCUCACGCACUCGCGUUAUCAGCUCACAAAAUAAUGUAG